CUUAUAUUUUGCUCAACACCACGCACCCACAUAGCGCAGAGAGGCAGGCUAGGGUUUUUCACAGUUUCUCUUUCUCCUCACAAAAACAGCAAGAGCGAGCAAGCAAGCAUGGAAAACACCGCCGCCGCCACGCCGGCGCAACUCUCACAGAAGGAGAAAGAUAUACAGAUGAUGUUGGCCUCCCAUGUCCACUUGGGCACCAAAAACAUCGACUUCCAGAUGGAGCGUUAUGUCUUCAAGAGGCGCAGUGAUGGAAUAUACAUAAUCAAUGUGGGGAAGACAUGGGAAAAGCUUCAGUUGGCAGCCCGGGUUAUUGUUGCAAUUGAGAACCCACAAGACAUCAUCGUACAGUCUGCAAGGCCGUAUGGUCAGAGAGCGGUCCUGAAGUUUGCUCAGUACACGGGUGCCCAUGCUAUUGCUGGGAGGCACACUCCUGGUACCUUCACCAAUCAGUUGCAGACCUCAUUCAGUGAGCCUCGUCUCCUCAUCCUCACUGAUCCAAGGACUGAUCAUCAGCCCAUUAAGGAAGCUGCCCUUGGAAAUAUUCCAACUAUUGCCUUUUGUGAUACUGAUUCACCCAUGCGGUAUGUUGAUAUUGGGAUCCCUGCCAACAACAAGGGGAAGCAUAGCAUAGGAUGUCUCUUCUGGCUUUUGGCAAGGAUGGUUCUGCAGAUGCGUGGUACUAUUCGUCCUGGGAGUAGGUGGGAAGUGAUGGUGGAUUUGUUUUUCUAUCGGGAGCCCGAGGAGGCUAAGCAACAGGAAGAAGAAGAAGAAGCUCAACCCAUGGCAGAUUAUGGAAUUGAAUAUAAUCCUGCUCCCCUUGCUUCUGACCAAUGGCCUGUUCAAGGUGCUGCUGAUGCCCAGUGGAUCCCUGAUGCUCCGCAACCUAUUUCCGCUGUUACUGCGGCAUGGACUCCAGAAACAGGUCCAGCUGCUACAACAGCUGAAUGGGAUCCAAUUGCGCCCCCAAUUCCUACUGUUGCUGUUGAAGGUGUUCCUCCUCCUUCUGGCUGGGAGUAAUGAAGUGUGCCAGAUUUUUUACUUAAAUACUCCCUGAAUCCAGGAUUUUGUGUUAGGAUUUGAAGUAUGGUCAAUUUUCUGUUGGGAAUGAACCUUUUAAUUGGCACAGCUCAGUUUUAGAUAUAGAGUUUCAGAGGCUUUUGACUUUGAUGUUGGUGUCUUUGAGAGAUGCUUUAUUUUGAUAUAUUUAUGAUUUAAAAUCUGCAAGCAGUGUAAGCUAUAUUUUAUGAUAGAAUCAAAUCCUCGUUUUCCCUUGCA